AUGUGGAGACAGUUGGAAAAAUAUCUUGUUUUCUCAUUAUUUUAUUUUUGUUUAGUAGAUUCUGUACCAGAUGAGGUUGCAAGUGACCCGAGAACAAGAGAACUCUAUCAAAAAGCAUUAGAGAAAGGCACAGAAAAAGACAACACUAUCCGAGUUAUGGUUAUUGGAUGUUUUGAACAAGGCAAAACGUCAUUAGUAAGGAAUUUAUUAAAACAGUCAAUUGAUGGAGUUGAAACAACAAACGGUAUUGAAUUGCAUAAAUGUACAGUUAUGAGCGAUGGUGAAUGGAAGAAGUUAGAUAAUGAAGAUCUAAAUAAAGAGACUAUUAAGCGCUUAGUAAAUGUUGCUCUUAAAGAAAAAAAGGACGAAACAACUUCAUCUGAUUCCAGUGGGGAAAACUGUCUGCCUAACAAGGACACAUUAAGACCUAGUUCAACAACGGAUAUCACAAGAACAAGGAAUGAAAGUGUAUCUUUUCAAAAGAGUACCUUUGAAAAAGAGGUAGGUGUUGAAGUUAGCAAAUCUCAAAUUGCUGUCGCUGCUGAAUCAAAAGUAAGGAAUAAAAAAGUCAGUUACGAAAACUUAACUUCAUUCCAUACUGAAUUAGAGAUAUCUGAAUCCAAUCAGGGUAAAACAAACAUUGAAAACAAUGUCACGUUAAAUAUAUGGGACUUCGGAGGACAGUUUGUUUUUUAUGCUACUCAUCAAAUAUUUCAUUCAAAACAAGCUGUUUAUCUGCUUGUAUUUAAUCUAAGCAUUUCUCUUGACAAAAUUAUUGAAGAUAAGGAGUUCCCAUUACACAAAAAGACAAUGAGAGACUAUUUAAAAUUCUGGGUUGCUUCUGUAAACUCUUUUGUUGGGAGUAGUGAUGGAAUGGAACCAGCUAUUGUUUUAGUGGGAACGCACAGGGACAAAUUGAAUGCAGGAAACAACAGCGAGAACUAUUUUGAGCAGGUGAGACAACUAUUUGAACACAGUAUAUGUAUUAAUCAUAUUCAACCUGAGCACUUUGCUAUUGCAAACACAAGUGGAUCAGAAAGCGAAAUCAAUGCUUUACGAACAUAUAUAUCACGUUUAGGGCAACAACAUUUGGAUAAAAUAAUGCCGGCUAAAUGGAUUCUCCUUGAGAAGGCACUUAAAAUAAACAAACAGAAAAAAAUUAUAACAAUUGAUAAACUCAAACAAAUAGACAGUGAAACGGAUAGUCCAUUACAAACUUACAACUCAACGGAAACAAUGGAUCAGAUCAAACUAUUUUUGUCCUAUCAUCAUGCAAAGGGAACAUUCUGUUAUUUUGAUGAGGACAAUUUGUCAAACCACGUUGUCUUAGAUCCACAAUUUCUCGUUGACGCUUUCAGGUGCGUUAUUACAUCUGAAAAGUUUUGCAUUGUGCGUCCGAAAUUGAGAAACGUUUGGAAAGAAUUGUGUAAUACCGCAAUCUUACGCCCAGAGCUUUUUGAAGAGGUUUGGAGACAAGAAAAAGACAACAAUUUUUAUGAAUUUAAACACUUACUGAUAGAGUACAUGCAAAAAAAUCAUAUUUUAGCUGAGGCUCUAUCUCAUAAUCUUGAUUCUGAGCCGGUCGUAAGACGUUUAGGGUAUUUCAUUGUUCCAAGUUUACUCAAGACGUCAUCUGCUGACACUAUCAGAUCAUAUCUAAAAGGAAAACCUUUGUCAACUGUUUCUUUGUGCUAUAGGUUCGAAAAUGAAACGCUGACCCCCUUUAUUUUCCAGGCCUGUUUAGCAGGUAUUAUAGGAAGAUGGCCACUUGCAAAGUACAUAAAAACCGCUGUGUUGUUUGAUCACGUAGCUGCAUGUGAUAUAGAACGAAGACAUGCUGGUGUAUUGAUGCUGUCGGAAAACAAACUCGAGCUACUUGUUGUUAGUCUUUGUCCUCCCGACAAUGUCAAAGCUGAUGUCUGUGACAUGUUUCGACGAUACGUAGAGGUGGUUAUGAUGAAAAGAAUGCACAAAUUGCAUACCGAUAAGCAUGAGGGGCAUUUUUUUAGUCGUGCGGCGAGGUGUUUGCAUAAAGAUCAUGGAACCGAUGGAAGUUAUGAAACAUUCGAUAUUGAUGCUAUUGACAAUACACAAUCAUGUAAUGAUGAGAAAAUACCAUGUCCAGACAGAAGAAGUCACUGUUUGCACAUGCGCAGUAUUGUUAAGGAAUGGUUCAUGCCGAAUGUUGAUCAAGAUAAAGUUCCAAAGAGAAAAUUAUCACAAAAAGAAUAUAGCACACUGGCAAUGUCAAUUGGAAAAGGUUGGAAGCUGAUUGGAUUGCAACUUGGUCUUGAUAACAUAAUUUUAGAUCAUAUUUGUAUGAAUGAAAAUGAUGCAUGCAUGCGCAUAUAUCAAAUGUUUUUGAAAUGGGAUAACAAGGAGGGUGACCUAGCUACGCUAGACGUUAUUGUACAAGCGAUAGAGAAAUGCAACCCGGAACAAGUACAUGUUAAAUUGGAUGUUUUAAAAAAUAUUAUCAACGGUUUUUGAACUUAUGAAUUAGCUUAGUGUGUGUGUUACAAACGAUGAAAUUUGUAAGGACGUCCACCAAAAUACAAAAUGAAAUAUUCGUUUAAAGUAACAAAAUGUUGAUUUUUUAAAACUGAUUUCAUACUUUGUCAUUUAUACAUUUAUGAAAUUAUCGGUGGAAUCGAUUAUGUACGCGUUACUUUUAAACAUGCAUUUAAUGUCGUUUGAUUAUGUUGCAUAAUGUUUUUUUACGAUUUUCUGUUUCUGCUUUGUUCAGUAAAAUAAUAAAUAAACUAU